UCGUUCCUGAGUCGGGCAUCGCUGAAGGCGAUCUGGAGGCGGAGAGGCGCAGCGGAGCCGCGGACACACCGGCGCUGAGGGACGGCGGAGUCUCCACCGUACGACGGACACAGAGCACAGGCGCUUCUGGAUCAAGACCGGGGAGCUAGUUCUUAUUUAUUUCACCGAAAAGGAAGGGGAGGGGAGCAGUUAAAAGCCAGGCUGCCUCGCUCCAAAUAGGGCAGCCGCAACUGAAGGAAAAAAAUCCCCGGGUUUGACUCGGAGCUGUUAAGGCACCUGGGCUCCGACAUACGCACCUCGGCCAAUCUCCACCCCCCCCACCACCCCCACCAAGCUGCUGCCAUGACCUCAGAGUUGGAGAGCAGUUUAACCUCCAUGGACUGGCUGCCACAGCUGACCAUGCGGGCAGCCAUCCAGAAGGCGGAUGCCCAGAAUGCCCAUGGGCCCGGCAUGGCAAAGAAGAGUGCCCUUCUGGACCCCAACACCACACUGGACCAGGAGGAGGUCCAGCAGCACAAGGAUGGAAAACCUCCUUACAGCUACGCCAGCCUCAUCACCUUCGCCAUCAACAGCUCGCCAAAGAAGAAAAUGACCCUGAGCGAAAUCUACCAAUGGAUCUGUGACAAUUUCCCCUACUACAGGGAGGCAGGCAGUGGCUGGAAGAACUCGAUACGGCACAAUCUCUCGUUGAACAAGUGUUUUCUCAAAGUGCCUCGCUCCAAAGAUGACCCAGGAAAGGGUUCGUACUGGGCGAUUGACACGAAUCCAAAGGAGGACACAUUGCCCACACGGCCCAAGAAGAGGCCACGGUCUGGAGAGCGGGCUUCCACACCCUACAGCCUGGAGUCAGAGUCCCUGGGAAUGGAUUGCAUCAUCUCUGGAAGUGCCUCUCCAACGCUGGCAAUCAACACUGUGACUAACAAGGUGGCGUUGUACAACACAGACCAGGAUGGUAGUGACAGCCCAAGAAGCAGCCUUAACAACAGCCUGUCUGACCAGAGCCUGGCCUCAGUCAAUCUGAACAGUGUGGGAAGCGUGCACAGCUACACACCGGUGACAAGUCAUCCUGAGCCGGUCUCCCAGUCGCUGAGUCUGCAGCAGCAGCAGCCCCCCCAGCCCCAGUACAGCAUCCCUGAGCGGGAUAAGCAGCUCCUGUUCUCCGACUUCGAAGAUCUUAGUGCCUCAUUCCGCAGCCUUUACAAGUCUGUCUUUGAGCAGUCCUUCAGCCAACAGGGUUUGAUGGGAAUGCCGACGGAGUCGUCCCAGCAGACACACACCUCUUGCUCCUACCAGCACUCCCCCAGCAGCACCAUCAGCACACACCCACACAGCAACCAGAACAGCAUCACCAAUUCACACCCCAACAGCAUCCCCACCAGCGGCAGCCAGGUGCCCCUGUCCCACCCCCACAACUCCCCCCAUGGACAGCACCUGACACAGCACGGCCCGCACUCCCAGCACCCCCACGCUCAGCACAGCCAGCACUCGCACACGCCACACACACCACAUGGCCAGCAUGGGCAGCACCAGCCCCAUAGCCAACACACCCAACAUACCCAACACACUCCACACUCCCAGCACUCCCAGCAGCCCCAACAACAUCAACAGCACCAAAACCUCUCUCACCAGCCCCAUCCAGCUCAGCAACAGAUGCCCUGCGGCACCGGUUUGCUUAGCGACUGGUACCCAAACCUGGAUGCACUGAAAGAAAGCUGUCGCAUUGCCAGCAGCUACAACUGGGCCGAUGUAGACCUCUCACCUUUUCAAGGUUUGAGAGAGAGUAUGCGGCAGGCAGAGCUGAAUAACUGGUCUUUAGAGCCAACCCAAAUUGCAGACCUCUGCUCCUCCAUCAACCAGUUCUUUGCCCGCACUGGAGUCAUCCAGCCACAGGGGGCAGUGCAGUCGCCUGUUUGUCAUGGCUCCAUGCACUCCAACAAACCCAGCCAGCACAUUAAUACAGGAAAUAUGUAUAUGGACACAAGACAGAGCAUGUCCUCCAUGAUGGGUCCUCCAGGAUACCCACAUAUGCCUCCAAUGAGCAGCGCAGGCAACACCAUGACAGGCCAUCAUGCGCAGAUGAACCAGCAGCACAUGAUGCCUACUGGAAACUUCCAAAUGCGGCGCAUGCCCACCGAUGACAUCCAGGAUGACUUCGACUGGGACUCCAUCGUCUAGCAUCUGUCCCAGAGGAGAAGAGCGGUGUAGGAAAACGAGAGACGCAUGGAGGAUGAGAAGAGUGUGUAUGUGCGAGAGGGAGAGAGAGAGGGCUAGACCCACGCUGUCUGCACGCCCCAAGGCAGGAGGCAGAUUGAAACAGUGCGCUUAAAAAAAAAAGUGCAGGUGUCGUUUUUAAUGAGCUGAAAGAGACUCCUGUUGUCAUGGUGUUUUUAGGAAAUGAAACAAAAAAGAAACAAAAAAAUUUUACUUUGAAGACAAUCACAUUUACUAGGACAUGUUUAAGUGAUUGCUUUUGUACUUGUCUGAGGGACAAGUACGCUCAUGUUCAUGUUAAAUGUAAAACCCCUCCCGUUUCUCUGUGGCAAACCCCCUUUUCUGUGUCCUAACCAACUGCCUUUCUGCAAAUCUGCUAUUAGGCCAAGCUCUUCCCUGUCCUUAACUGUUGUGUGAUUUAUUUUUAUUUGACCUUAUUUUAUUUUUAUUUUAUUUUAUUUUUUCAGAGUGAUAUGUUUUGGCUUGUUCUCUCUCCUCUUGGCUCUCAUUCGUCAUGUGAUUGUUCCCUCUGAAAAUGCAGGCCACUUUUCAGACAGGAGGCAAGCUUUUCAGGUAAUGUCACUCAGUGAGACAUAAUUAUGUGACACAGUCAUGUGACACUGCCCGGGUCACUCCCUCUGCUGGCUCUGUAUAUCUCUGUGAAUUCUGGUGCUCCACACAUCACCUGAGCCUUUACUCUGUAAAGGGCUGCUUUCCUGGACGUGGAUUAAGCCUAGUCUUGGACUAAAUUGCAACGCCAGUGUUGUUAAAAAUCAUAAAAAAUCAUAUUUAGCCUUGGCUUAGGCUUAGUCGAGGUCUUUGAAACCAGCCAAAGGUGUACAAGUCCUCAAGCACCUGAAUCGGAUCUCUGUGCUAGCAAACGUUUAAUCCGUUAAUCGUUUUAAUGAUGAGUGUGGCUCAUAAAACAUUUGUAAAUUUAACCACAUUACCUGCAGUAUUUGUACUUACUUGUAUAUCUUUGCUGUCUACAAUGUAUCAUACUCCGUGUCUCUAACGUUUUUUAAAACAGUUUGAAACGGUGCAUCGAGAAGUGACAUUGAUUCAGCUCUCACCUUUUUUUUUUUUUAGUAAUCACUUACUCAUUUUUGUUUCACCGUCCACUCUCCAUGUGUCUGCAUGUGCAGUCUUCAUUUGGUUUUCUACAAUCUUCCAUUGCAGUCUCACCGUCUCCUGCUAGCACUGUGCUACUCUAUCUAGCCUUUUUUUUAAAGCCUGGCUACUCAAGCUGGCCUACUCGGGGUUUUAUGCUUUGUUUAGAAGCAAUGGCUGUUCAAAAGGGUGAUGAGAGAGAUAUUUAAGAAAGCCCAGUUUUACAUGCAUUGGGGGGAGGGUUUGGAAGGCAAGGGCCUGCUGAGAAGCUCUGCGCAGUCAAGUUUGAGGAAAGGAUGGAAGAGUCGCAUCAAGGCACAUUUGCUUAAUGGACCGUGCUAUAAGAGUUGUCUAUAUUUUAUAUCCUUGGACCAGCCGACAUGAAACUUCUAGCUGUUUCAGUCCUCUGACAAGGACUAUGUGCACAGAGGAUGCACCCAGUGCUUGUGGAGCGAGAGGAUUGGGAGGUACGCUGUACUGUAGAGGAAAGAGGACAGUAACAUUAAGAUAGCAUUGCUUUAAAAAUUUAAAUUGGGGUGGCAUUGCUUUAAACAUUUACAGUUGCAUCUUAAUCGCCACAUGUGAGAGAACUUUUGGUUAUCCUCACAAACAAGUGAUGCUUUUGUUGCAGUUCACGAUAUACCAGUGAAUUGGGAGUUUAGCAGUAGCUAGUAAUUUUGGGAGUUGGUUGCUAGCGAGCCGGCUAAUUCACCAACUAAACAUUAAAUUCACGAAGUAUAGUAAUACCAUCAAAUCCAGCUUCCUGACUGACUGCAACAAUGCCGCUUUUGUUGUGUAUUCGCUUACGGUUUGGUUGAGAACAACUAAUUAAAAUUAGUGUUUCCUUCAUCUUGAAUCUUCAGUGCUGCUUUAUGAAGCCCCGUCCCUUUGGAGGUCAACGCAGCUGAAGCAUGUUAUUGGUCGAUGAUGCAAAUACCUGUGUCAAGCUAGGUUUCAUAUGCAAAUUGAUGCGAAACGCUAGUGUGACUGGGCUUUAAGAGCAAAAACAUUAAAGAGACCUAGUCCCAAGCCAAAUUGUUUCAGUGUAGGUUAACUGUUGUGGUAUGUGCUUGUGCAAUAUUAUUAAUUUAGGGUUAUUGGUUAUGUUCACAAUCAUUUCUACCAAUAAGCACAAAGCUAAUGGAGGUAGAUCUAGUUUAGACUAAACUAAUCCCAUUUUGGAGGUACAGGCAUAUUUUAGGGUAUGUCAUGGAGAAAGGUGGUUAGUGCACUUUGCUAGCAUGUGGUGAAUGCGAUGAGUUUUAGAAGACUUUUCAUAGAAUUGACAAGCCAUAGAUUUUGGACUCUGAUGUUGGUCCUUGCCCAAGGGGACUUUGUUGCUUUAUUAAUCUCCUCAUUAAUGGAAGUGUAAUUGCACAUUAUUAUGUCUUAUCAUGAGUUAUCAUGACUAUGGCCUAUUGACAAUCAUGUUUUUGUAUUUCAGUAUUAUAGAAUCUACAGACUGAGUAUUUGAAACUUAAACUCCACUUCUAUUGGGCCGUCUUCCUUUAGGCCCAUGAUGUAAUGGAUUACAUCAUCAGUAAUGGAUCUGUUUGAAAGAAAUAGUUCUCCUACAAAUAGUUUUUUGUAAGGUUUUGAUGGAUUAGGAGUUAGAACCUGUCACAAAUACCAAUUUUAACAACCUAAAAAUUCAGACUCAUGAAAUCAGCCAAUAUCAUUUAUAUGGUCAAAAUGAAACAGGCCCCAACAGUGCUCUACUGACUGAUCAUUGACAGUUUUCAGUAAUAUUUCAGUCAAAGAUAAUCCUUAAAAGUUCUCAGAACUCAACUGGCAUGGCUGUCUUAGGUUUCAACCUUUCAUUAAGAAAAUGGGAGUUUGAAUCUCGACGAUGCCCAGAGUCUAAGAGAGAGACAUAAUUAGCUCUUCUUAAUAGGAUGCAUAAUUAAUCAUAUUUAAUUGGUAAGCAGUACCUGAAACAUUGAAUAAAAACAAAUAAAAUCAUUGUACUCGCUUUUAAAAAGUAAUGUUUAAAUGUGGCACCACUGCAGCAUUUUGUCUGUUGAACCUGAUCAAACCUCAGCUAAACAAAAUAUGAUGCCUAUUUCUCAAAGUUUUGUGAUGUUAUUCUUACCAUCUUGCCCACCCCUUGCCUCCAUGGAUAAGAAGUUGCCUCACUGGCUUCAGCUGUCAGAAAUGUAAACUGUUUAGCCUCAUACGUAUUGAAUUACGUAUUUAAUUAGCACCAAACUCGUUCUGUUCAGUGUAAUGGGUUAUUGAUAGUGAUAGUUUUGGGAAGGACUUGCGUAUGCCAUUGUUUUUAUUUGAAUUACUUUUUUACAGGACAAAUUCUAGUCAUGCUUUUUAUGAUAUGACCCUAAUUAAAAGCUCAUCUUUAAGCAAGUGUUUACUCCUUUUUUUCCCCUCUGUAUUUCAUGAUUGACAGGUCAGAGACUACCCAUUUGUUCAGUGUGCCGUGUUGCGUCAGUUGUCUGUUUGAUAAGAUACCUGUAUCCAUAAUCAUUUUUCUUUUCUCAGCACAUCUUGCCUUUUUGUUACAGAUUGUGUUUGUAACCCACUUUGACCCAUAAAGCCUCUUCUAGAAAGUGCUUUAAGCUGCUUGCUUGUCAUUUGUGCACUUUGAAAAGAAGCUGAAGCACAACUGCAGAUAAUGUGCGUCAGGAUAUGCUGUAAAUGAACAUGCCUGGCGUUAACCUUUGCCCUCAGAACAUGUUCAGUUGACACCACAUUGGGGAAUAUGUCCCAUAUGCUGCCCAUAAAAGGACUGUUUUCUUUAAGUUGGAAAUACGCUAUAGGUACUGUGAACCUAUGUAUGAAAAUGAAAAAUAAAUAUAAAUAUAUAAUGGAGGCUUCGAGAUUAAUUUUAAAGGCAGCAGGCAAAAGGUUUUGUAAGUGAAGAGACAAGCAAGUUUGAUUAACCAGGCUGAGGGAGUGUGUGAAUACAGCUAAUGUAUUAGUUCUCAUAAAAAAAUAAUGAAAAAGAAGAAAAAAAAAAACUAAUGGGGUUGCUCCAUCAUUUGUGUGAGUGUCGUGUGAAAGUUGUGAUUGUUUAGAGACAAUUCCAUUUUAGUAAACGAGUGGAGAUGCACCUGCCAGAGAGAUUACUAUUAAAGGGGCCUGAGUGAGAAGCCUUGUUACAUUUAAGGGAGAAAACUGCCAACAAGUUCUGGUAUUUGAGGCCUAUUUUAUUCAUUGUUGGUGUGGUGUUGUGCUUAUUGUAAAUAUAUGUCUUUUCAAUUGUCCUUUUUUCCUCUGGGGUGGUGGGGGGAUCAAGGCAAGGGCUUUGGGUUCACCUAUGAAAGAAGAGGGAGAAGCAUACAGAGUAUUUUGUUAUUGUCCAAUCCAAGGGUGAUACAGUAUGUAUAUAUCUAUAUUGUAUAUAUGUGAUGAAAAUGCGUUGGCUUUUUGUGUGACACUACCUUCUACCUGUACUAUGGUUCAACAUUAAAUGUGUUAAUGUUUAUAUUAUAUUUUAAUCUUUAUUUUCUGUUUGCUUUGUCUGUGUCGUUUCUUGUAUUUGCUGUUUUGUUUAUUUUCCUUUUUUUUCUUUUUGUUUUCUUUGUUUGUUUUUUGGUUAUUGCACGGUUUAUUACUUUUGCUGUCCAACAAAAUGACACAGCUACUCUUUGUAUCGGUUUAGUGCUGUAACAUAACUCUGAAGUGUCAUUAGGAUCGUCAAUACCACCCCCCCACCCCCCUCAUAUGCAUGAAUGGCACUUAAAGAAAUAAACUAUGUUAACUUCACUGUGGAA